CCACGCCGGAGCGAUUCUAGAUUCAGACAGUUUAACCACUACAAACCAACAACAUGAUCCGUCAAGUCGUAGUAUUGACAGUCCUUUACACUGUGGUCCAAGGUCAACUACAGGGCUAUGAGAUAGACGAUGAGACGGUGACCAAGAUCCACAACUACAACCUUUGCUGCCAAUGCUUUGGAGAUGAGUUUGCUGAAGCCUGGGGAAAGCAGCAGAUGGAUGCCAUGAAGAAAUGUGGAGUAUCUGCCCCAGUACUGGCAGCUGGAUCUCUACCCUAUCCUAUUAACGCUGCGUUCCUCCGAAGUCCUCUCUACUCCUACCAACCACAACCUUAUGUUUGGAAUAACCAGUAUCAGUAUGGAAGGAAGAAGAGAGAAGCUGAGGUUAGUGCAGAAGCUCUUUCCAACCUUUAUGAUGCCUGGGGAACCAAGUUGGGUAAUCUUUCAUGUGUCCUUCAAGAGCUUGGCGCACUUGACGCUGCCGGAGAAAUUAACAAAGCUAUGUUCUCCCCUUCCUUCAUUCAGCAAAGGUUUGGAAACAGCAAGGCUGGUUCAGAUCCCGUCUUCCUUCAGAAGCUAAGUUCUGAGAUGAACACAUGCUAUGAUAUUUCUCAGAGCUUCCCUCAGUCUGCCUUCAACAAGAAUGACUUUAAACAACAGUAUGGACGCCGUAUGGUAUUCUUCCACUGCUGCAUGAAGGCAGAGAGGUAUUUAUGCAUGAAGAACUUGAUGAGCAAUCACCUGGAGAAGAUGACAGGAAAGGUUCCCUCCUCCCCCUUCACAACUGACAAGUAUGAUGCUGCUGCUAUGUCUGUUAAGGCAAUGAAGCACUCUGCCAGCCCUGAAGCUAAAUUCAUCGAUGUUUUCUUCUGGGGAGACUCCAAGCUUUGAACAGUAAAGCCGUUAGACAGAUUUACAUUUUCGUUUAAAAACAAUAAUCAAUCUCUUUUUUUAACUAAAUAAUUCUCAAAUAAACGGGUUUUCUUUUAAA